AGUCCGUCUGAAAAUCCCUCAUUUCUGCCUCACGACUGUCAGAGGCUGAGACCCCCAUGGACUCUGAGCCACAGCACAGGCCAAGUUUUCCCUGCACCUGUUGUCACUGGACCAAGACGCCCUCCUCAGGGACCCAUGCAUGAAACAAUGGGGACUGUUACGGUUUCUGGCCAUGUUUGCUAAGGGGUGUUUCUGUACUGACCGUACUUGGUAAGACCUGAGCUGCACCGCUCCCCCUAUUGUGAAAGAACACCUGCGAUACCCACGAAACCGACCCCCCUUCCUGGCAUCUUGCCUCUCGCUUCGAAAAGAACUAUAACAACCCCACCAGAAGAGCAGGCUUCUGAGGCCUCCCCUUCGGACGACGGCUCCAUUGACCUACGUGCCACGGAGACUGCGAAGGUGGUCUGUUGGCAACGACGUCACGAGGACUCCCGUCUGUCAGUUGUGGCAGAUUUUUUGUUGUGUUUGCUUUCAACAGAUGGCUGAAAGAAGAUGACACGGACCGUGCUAAAGCUAGUGAUUCUUCUCUGCGCCCUUCUACAACUCCGUGGCCAAGAACCAGCUGAGUGGCCAUGGACCGAAGCCACCUACAGACACACCACCACCAUGGGGUCUUACUCCAGCCUCGGAGGACGUCGCCCGACCUUGGCAACGGUGGUACUGCACAACUCUGAACCGUAUCGGCCAAGUGAAUGGAGGUGGGAUCGGAAUGCUCAAUCGCACGCCUUGAGUGGAACCAUAGGUGAAAAGAUCCAGGUGUCAUGCAGAAAGGUAGAAGGGUCUCUUUAUGAAAAGGCUUCCCCAGUUACAGUUUCUGGAAAAUUUUUUGAGCCAAGAGAAAUGAAAGCUUUACACCCCAAACUCACUGCAGAAUUUUGUUCCACAACUAAAUGGAAAUGCAUUAAACAAAUUCCCCUUAGAAUAUGCUGCCGUCACACACAGGAUCCUAAGGUUGACAAUGCAGUAAUUACAAAAGAGUGCAAAACUGAACCUGCCGACUGCUGGUAUAAUUUUACCCUAACUCAAACAAUGGAUGUAUCAUGUAGUUGGUUCAAUAACUCGGCAAACAGGUUAGGUCUGAGAGGCUUAGCACAUAAAUUUAGAAUAAAUGCCAUGGCUAGGCCCAUACUGAGAACAACAGCACCAUCUGUCAUAGAAGUAACAGAGAGCACACCCAUUACAUCCCGAACCGUAGAAACAACUCAGAGCACUCCUAUCACAUCCCGAAUGGUAAAAACAGUAGAAAGCACUUCCAACCGCUCAACCACACCACAAAUAGUACACACAAUCACACCGCAAAAGGUAGCAACAACAUCUCAAAAGACAGAGAUAACUACCUUCAACUAUUCUGUCACUCCCAACUCACAAAACCUAAUUAACACCGAAUGGCCAUGGUCCCAAGCUUUUACUCACUUUACUGGAUCCAUGGGAAAUGUGAAAGGUUUGAACCUGUUAACUGUUGUUAUGCAUGAUAAUCAAGUGUACACUGGGUGGGAGUGGGAACACCGAGAUAGGAUUUGGCAACUACAAGGGAGGAUAGGAGAGAGAAUUAGUAUAGGCUGUCGGAUGAUUAAUGGAACUGUUCAACACAAAGCAAAUCAAAUUACUGUUACAACAGACCAGGCAAGGUACGGCAAGGUUUGCACGUCCCCUAGAAUACAGGAUUGUUGGUAUGAUUUUUUCUUAACACAAACUGUAGAAGUAGUUUGUCUUUGGGCCAGCGAUGAUGAUGGGCUCUCUGUAAAGUUUAAAAUAAAUGCUGUAGCUCAGCCUGUUACUGUCAGCCCUAGCACUCAAGCAAAACCACCAGUUGCACUAAGCCCAAAAAUCUUCAAAAUUGGACCAUAUAUAAUCAGGAAAACAGGCCAACAACAAUUAUUGUUCAAUCCGACAUGGUCUCUUAAACAAGUUAAGUUAUUGGUGCAAACUAACGUCUCUGAAAUUCAGCCUGCUUGUUCACCUUUCCUGCAAACUUCUUUUGAAGGAUGGACGACAUGGUUGAGAAGGCGCAGCCCCCCUGAAAGGCGCGUGCCAAGAGACGUCACCGGUGCCAUAGGAACAGGAUUGGGAAUCUUGAACAGCAUUGACUCAGAGGUAUUAAUGAACAAAUUAGCUGCCUCAGCCAGAGAUUUGGCUAAAUUACAGCACCCUCUACGGUCGUCCUUAUUGGCUUUAGGAACGACCCAAUGGCUUUUGUCCAACAUAUUGCCUAAUUGGGAAAACGUAAACACAGACGAUCACAAUUUGAUAAUUGAUGCACUUAAUGUUACUCAAAACAAUGUCUCUCUGGCUCUCAGCUGUGUCCAAGCUCAAUUGUGGAUGCAGUCGGUCGCCGCCUCGAUCAUAAGAGAGGGCGAAGAAGGCAUUUUCCCCACUGAAAUUCGGAAAAUAAUUUGGGAUAAUGCCAAUGAUUUUGAAAAAGAUUUCCAGUCCUGGUGGAACUUAGUAAACUUCACUUACAAUUCAGUAACAAAUACAGCUACAGCUUUUGUGUUAACUAUUAGCAAUGCUUCAGUGUACACUAUUUUCCCCAUCAUUGCAUUAGGACUGAACCAUGACGGAGCUACUCUCUACCCUCUUGAGCAUAGGGAGUGGGCCCGUCAAGUCGAUAAAAAAUGGCAAACUGUUAACUUAGAAUCCUGCAUCGUCCGAGAACAACAAGGCUUUAUCUGUGAAAGUAACGCAAUCGCAGCACGAGACAUUUGCUUAGAUACAGAGCAGAAUAUCUGUCACUUUGAGGUACACCCUAAUGAAACUUCUGAAACAGUUCUUGUGUAUAUAGGCAAUGGAUGUGCAUGCUUUAGGACUGCUUGUAAUGUAGUAACCAUAGAGAACGUUAUCCUAGAAACUAAAAAUCAUUCGAAUUUUUGUGCUUGUAACUUUACCAAAAUAACAGCCUGUGAUUUCUCAUACUCAGCUCCUGUUACAUCUUACCAGCUUCUGCAAUCUAACUACACACUGAUCCACAAGCUAUGGCCUACUCCGAUUGGUAUGAAUCUUACUUUAACAAAACAAUUUUUGCUCCACCAAGAUCUAAUUAGGAUUUUAAGGAAAAUUAAGAAAAACAGACAAAAGACUCUGAUAACUGUCCAUCACAAUGUGGAAGAAAUCCAUCGUGUUCUGGAAAGGGUAAGAAAGGAUACUGAGCACAGGUGGAUGGAUACACUUUUUGGGUGGUCACCCACAGCCACGAGUGUCCUGAAUAAAUUGUCUCAUCCCAUCGUUGUUCUUUUGAUUUUAAUUUUGAUUGGUUUUGUUUUGUCAGCAUUCUCAUUCUUUCUGAAUUGGAGAGUGAUGAGAGAGCUGAAGCGACUAGACUCUGUAAUGUAUGCACACAAUCUGGUGUACAUACCUCCCCCGAUAGAUAUACUCAGAGACAAUACACGCAUUUAGAGAUGUUGACACAAGACAAACUUUACAAGUAGGCCAUAGCCGCGGACUGUGAAAUGGAUUUUGCCUAAGUAAUACAUAUAUUUUAAGAAAAUUAUAUAUUUUGAUUUUGGUGAUUUGUGUUAAUCAUUUUUAAAUUUGUUUAUGCUACAUGAAAAUUGUUUUACAAUAAUUUUUUGCCUUGAUUGAAAAUUGUUUUAAUUAAUAUCACUAUAAUCCUCUUAAAAAUUGUUUUAAGACUUUUUGCUUUGAAUACUUGAAAAUUGUUUAAUUAAUAAUAUUAUUUUAAUUAAUAUUGUUAAGAUUUUGUCUUGAUUAUUUGAUUUUGUGAAUCAUUUAUCAUCAUGAAGAGUUUUAUUAAUCAACAACAAUUAUUUGUUUUGAAAUUUUAAUAUUAUUGGAUUUGUUUUGUCAUAAUGAUUUGUUUUGAGAUAUUAACAAUCAAUGUUAAUCAUUAUGAUAUCUCUUGUUUUUCCUUUUUCCUUCUCUAUUUCUUUUUUCCCCUCUCUCUUUUUCUCGACUCGAUUUUCCGGGGUAUACUACUGACACUGACAAUGAGUCCUGAAGACUUCAGAACAACGCAACGAACUCGACUGAUGGAGCUCUCCUGCCGACCAGUCAUGAGUCACGGGGUGGUGUAAGAGUCCGUCUGAAAAUCCCUCAUUUCUGCCUCACGACUGUCAGAGGCUGAGACCCCCAUGGACUCUGAGCCACAGCACAGGCCAAGUUUUCCCUGCACCUGUUGUCACUGGACCAAGACGCCCUCCUCAGGGACCCAUGCAUGAAACAAUGGGGACUGUUACGGUUUCUGGCCAUGUUUGCUAAGGGGUGUUUCUGUACUGACCGUACUUGGUAAGACCUGAGCUGCACCGCUCCCCCUAUUGUGAAAGAACACCUGCGAUACCCACGAAACCGACCCCCUUCCUGGCAUCUUGCCUCUCGCUUCGAAAAGAACUAUAACAACCCCACCAGAAGAGCAGGCUUCUGAGGCCUCCCCUUCGGACGACGGCUCCAUUGACCUACGUGCCACGGAGACUGCGAAGGUGGUCUGUUGGCAACGACGUCACGAGGACUCCCGUCUGUCAGUUGGUAGCUAUACCCUUUCUUUACCCCCCUUUCUCUCCCUCUCUCUCUCCCUCUCUUCUUUCCCCUUCUUUUCUAUCGCAUAACUGUGUAUAUCAAUAAAGAUACAAUUGAUUUCACUUGAA